UUCCCAGAGGGCUUUGCGGGGGCGCCCGUUGCUAAGCAGCGGGAAGCGGAAUCGGGCGUCGGGCCUACCUCGGGCCUUGUUACCAGCAUGAAGCAGAAGACGUCUAAGGGCUUCUCCGCCCGACCUGGGGCACCUGGCCGCAAGCGGAAGGGCCUUAGUGAUAUCUCCCCCUCUACAAGCUUGCCACCUCUUGUAGAAGGCCAGCUGCGCUGCUUUCUGAAGUUGACUGUUAGCAAAAUCUUAUGGAUGGUUGCAAAGCCUCCAGCUUCCUUCUUUGUCCAGGUGAGAUGGUGGGGAGAAACCUCAGAUGGCACAGUCUUCAUGCCCCGGGAUACCAAACAGGCUGAGCAGAAAAUUCUUAAAACCACCACUCGCUAUGCAAUUCGGUGUGGUCCAAAACAGUUUGCUUCUUAUCUGACAGAUAUGGGUGCUCUUAUACUGGAAAUCAUGACCAAAUCAGAUCACCUUCCAAUUGGGCGAGUUCAGAUCAAUGGGCUGUCACAGCUUGCUCCGAGUCAUCCAAUCAGUGGAUUUUUCACCAUUGUUUCACCGACAUCUGAGAAGAUGGGAGAACUGCAGGUAUCGCUAGUUCUGGAACCUCUCUCUGAAACAGUUGACAGUAGCAGCUCCAUUCCGAACACGGACAUGAGUUUUCAUGUUGGAGUGCCAGCCCAAGGAGCCAAAGAAACAGCUGGAUCCGGCCAAUUUCUUGUCCCAUCGCAGAUUUAUAGACCACCGAGCGGGAGCAUUGUUGGAAGAGAAUCCUUGAGCAGUAGCAGGGCCACUACACCAAGGGGAAAGGACCACUUGUACUUCCAAGAGAACUCUGAGAACAUAAAAGAAGGGUCUUUUGCACCUCGGCAUCACCUUAUCGCAGGACAGGAUGAUGUGAACAUUCCCAAGCAACAAAAAUUGCUUCCCAGCAGCUUUGAUCAUGAGGCCCAAGUUAGAUUAACUGGGAAAAGCCCGAACCCUGUCCGUGUUCUUUCUUGGCACAACCCAGCUGCCAAAGAUCUCCUUUCAGCCCUUUUGGAUCAAGGCAGCAAGCUUCGAAAUGCCAUGGUGGUAUCUGCAAUGAAAUCCAGUCCAGACCCUGGUAUAGAAUUAGUGGAAGCUCAUCCACUGCUAAAGCGAGAUGUCCCCAGGCCGGCCAGAAAGAAUCUUAAAAACCUGAAUUCUGGCUUCACAUCUGCUAUGGAAGUUCCUCUUCAGCCACCAACUGAUAACUUGGAAUUUGAUUUGCAUGCUGAAAACAGAGCAGUCCAGCUGCUGUUGGGCAGCUCUGAUUUCUCCCCUGUUCGUCUUUUGGAUGGUACAGGCUCCCCUCCAGAAUCCAUCUCUCUUGGGAGCGAGGUGUAUGACAGUGAACUGAAUGACCCCCACUAUGAUCAGAGUCUACUAGAAAACCUGUUCUACACUGCACGAAAGUCUGAUAGCAGCUUAAGUGACUUCCUCAGUGACGAGGAGGAUGCUGUUUCUUCUGAAAAAUGGAAUAAAUCUCAUGCCACCAAACGUCACAGAACAGAAAAGGCUUUGGAGUCCAGUCCUUUAGUUCAGAAAGAAAAGGAGAUACAAAAAAAAGCCAGGAACUCUCCUGCUAAGCCUCUUCAUGAGACUUCCAUGGAGUCUACAGAGGAAAUGCAAGCUGUCAACUUGAGUCUCGACAGGCUGGCAAUGCUGGGUCGGAUCCAUUUAGCUAGAAUGGUAAUAGACAGUUUAAGGAUCCCCCCUGAAGAUGCCGCUCAAGGUACCCCAGGCAAAAAGGGUUCCUCAGGAAAACCACCCAGACCAGCAUCAGCUAAAAAAAGGACAUUCUUUGUUGAGUAUCACUUUCCAGUGGGAGUCUCAAAGAAUGGAGUAGGGCAGGUUGCUGUAACAACAGAAAUAGUUCGUGUAGCUUCGAGUAAAAUCACAGGUGAAGUGGUGAAAUUUCAACAGCGGUAUGUGUUCCCUCUUCACUUCAGUGGAACAGUGAUAACACACUGGUGGAACUCAGAACUCGCAUUUAACAUCUACUUGAAAAAAGGCAUACAAAGAAAGCCACUGCAGGUUGGCUCAACAGCUUUGCAACUGCGAGACGUAAUUCAGUCUGAGCACCUCAUCAUCAGCCGUGAGUUGCCUGUGAAAGAAGAAGGCGGUUCAGCCCAGUUGGGGCCUUUAAAGGUGUCAUUGGAGCUUGCAGCUGACAACAAGGACUUCUCCAGCACCAACGCCAGGGCACUGAAUGUGGCACCACUAGGUCCUGUCUACUCUGUUAGAAGCCCAGGGGUAAAGCUACAAGAUGCUGACAAGAGCAGCACAUCUGUCGAAAGCCCUCAGCUCUUAAAACAAAGCAAUUCCCAGUUCCCACAGAGAAUGCGAGAGCCUUUGCCUGCAGCUGUAGAAAAAGCCAGUGUGGGUGUGGGUCAGCAGUCAGCACCAGCUUCUACAGUGUCCCGUAACCUGCUGACCCAGAUUAUUGCAUCUGAAGAGGAAGGCCUGCUGUUGCACGUCCUCUUGAUGGUCCCCGAAGGGAAGGACUUUGGUCCCAGAGAUGCUGGAAUCCACGGAUCUUGUAACGUGUAUUUGAACUGCAAACUCUUCAGCAUGGAAGAAGCAACCCGAUCGGCUGUCAUAUGGGGCACUACGCAGCCCACCUUCAGUUUUUCACAGGUAACUCCUAUUUCACUGACGUCUAAGCAUCUAGAGAGGCUGAAGAACAAUGUCAUGGUCAUCGAGGCCUGGAAUAAGGUGCACAGCCCUGGAGGAGACAGACUGCUGGGACUGGUGAAGCUUCCACUGCAUCAGUUCUACGUUUCAUUCAAAGACCCCAAGAUUUCCCACCUGCUGCUUCAGGCUCAGUAUCCAGUGAUUGCUGUGGAUGGCUCUGUGCCUGUGGUUGACGUCUUCACUGGCAACCAAAGUGGGAGCCUGAAGGUCAUUCUGGCAAUGGGCUCUGCGGAGCAGGUGGUGGCACUGCAGAGGCUCAAGAGGGAAGAAGGGGCCAUGCCUCCCAUCCUGCUACGCCCUGGACAUACUCUGGAUCCUCUUGCCGUGGCUCCUUCAAAGCAGCCAGAGAGAAACAGGGAGGGACUCACAGAACACGUCUUUGAGGUCCACCUCGAGAGUGUGAAAGGGCUCACUCCCCUCCAGUCCACAGUCUGGGGAGAAGCAGACUGUUAUGUGCAGUACCUUUUUCCAGUUCAGAAGUUGGACUCCAACAUGCUCUGUGGGUCAGAGGUAUACGAGACUGGCAUUGAGCUAAAGCCCUUCCGUUCAGCUACAACCCUCUGUGUCCCCGACCCCAUCUUCAAUGACGAGCAUCAUCACUCCCUGUUGGCCCCUGCUGACAUCCCUGUCCAGAGGCUGCUGCUUGGUGCUUUCUCUGCACAGGGCUUAGCAGGAGGAGGAGGAAUUCCGUUUGAAAUCUGGUGCAGGUAUUAUUAUCCUAAUGUCCGAGAUCAGAUGGUUGCCAAAGGGACUUUGCCUCUGUCACGCCUGUGCACCAUGGUGACCAUGCAGCAUCACGGGGAAGUAAAGAUCCAGACCUUUAGUCUGCCCUUAAUCCCAAGAACGGAGAGCUCAGGAAAAGCCCAGCUCCAGCCCUCAGGUUUGCUUGAUGUGAACAUAAAGUAUAGGCGUUCCUUGAAAGCAGCUGAGGGAGUCCUAGCAGCUCAAGCUGUCUCUGUUUCUGUUCAGAUACACACAGCAGCAGGUUUGCAAGCAGCAGCCAGGAUUAUGGCAGGGAAGCACCCUACUCUCCAAUACAUUGCAGAAGUUGGCGUAAACACCUAUGUGUCUGUGUGCCUGCCCUUCCUCCCUGAGGCGGAGAGGCGCAACACACGAGCCGUGGCGCGCUCUUUCUGUCCAGAAUUCGAGCACCACACUGAGUUUCCAUGCAAUCUCGUGAUCCAGAGAAGUAGCGGAGAAGCAUGUUGUCUGGCGGAACUCUUGCAGUUUUCAGAGAUCAACUUCUCCAUCUUCCACAAGAACCUGAAAUCAGCUCCUGGUGCAUCAACAACUCAAGCUUCGGGAGAUUAUCUGCUGGGAACUGUCAAGGUUCCAACCAGAGACCUUUUGAUCAAAAGAUCAGGUAUUAGAGGUUGGUACCCUAUUACUCUCCCAGAAGAUCUAGUGCCUUCUCAUUGUGCAAAUAUCAUGCAAACCAUAGUUGGAGGCCUGGAGCUUUCUGUUACUUUUGCUCACCCGAGUGACCGAGAGCGUGUUCUGGAUGCUGCCAAGCUUUUAGGCUGGACUUGGGAGGAAGUCCACUCUGAGAACAUGCAGGACGAUAGUGACAGUGAAUGCCAGCCUGCUCCAGAUCUUGCAACAGUGACUGUAUCCAUCCCUAGACUAUGGCUACCUGUGCACUGCGUGUUACUUGCAGAACAGACACACCUAAAUAAAAGCACCUAUUGCUACCUCCGCUAUAAGCUGUAUGACCAAGAAGCCACAUGGACAUCGCUCAGGAGGCCAAGAUUAGCUGAAGAUGAGAAACAAGUGACAGUGGCCUUUAAGAAGAGCAAGCAAGUGGACCUUCCAAAGAGCCAAGCACUGUUGUGGUACUUCAGGGAGGAGAAGCUGGAGCUCCAGGUGUGGCGAGCUUAUGGGAAUGAAAGCAACACAGAAAGACCACUGGAUACUGACCGUCUGAUUGGGUCGGCUUAUAUGGAUCUGGCUGCACUUGGACAGAAUUCAAGGAAAUUGAGAACCAUCAGUGGUGUCUUCCCCUUGUUCCGACGCAACGCCUCAAACCUGUUGGGAGCUGCUGUGCGUGUUCACAUUGCACUUGCCCCCACCAGCCCUCGUGGCCUUGAGUCUGCUGAAGAUGGCGGCGGCAGCAGCAGCAGUGACGGUGAAGAAAGAAGAAAGGCACCCAGGCUGCCCCAGCAAGGGCGGGAACACGGCCACGAACCACAUCCUUCAGCCCCAGAAAGCCCCAGUGAGAAAUUACCUGAGGAGUCUCUUCUCGGAGUGGAUCACGGGAAGACCUUUGCUGUUAGCAUCCUUGUGGAAAGAGCCAUGCACUUGAGCUUAAAAGGGAGCCCGCUCACGGAACGUGGAGUAACAGCCCCCAGCAGCUACGUGUCGUUUGUCACUGCUGAUGCCGAUAACCCUGUUGCCACAGAAAUAGUUGAAAAUACCGACUCGCCAGUUUGGGGUUUUCAGCAGCAGACCAGACUCUCCAAUGAGCUUCUGUUGGAUCCUCAGCAAACUCUUGUCUUCAAAGUGUGGCAUAAAGCAGAUGUUGAACGAGUGAUAGGAUUUGCAUCUGUGGAUCUCUCCCCUCUCCUCUCUGGCUUCCAAUUAGUCUGCGGCUGGUACAAUAUCGCAGACUUCAGUGGACAGUGCCAAGGGCAGAUCAAAGUCGCUGUUUCCCCCCUCGAGAGUAUAACUCAUCUCAAAGAAGAAAGGCAGGCAAGAAGCCGGACAAAAGCCCCAGGAUCAUUGUUUCCAUCAACAAGCUCUUUUGCGUUCCAGAUGAGGGACUUGUAUACUGCAUUCCCCAGCUUCUCCACAAGAGGCACUGAAGAGCUUUUGAAUUCCCCAGUGAAGGAAACUGAUGCCACUGAUCACAAGAGCAGAGCAGGAUUCCUUGGAUCCGGGAUGCCUCGUCAUGAAGAGCAUGUGCAGAACAUCCGCAGAUUCCAUGAGUCACUACAGCAAGCGGAAGGGAACAUGCACCGAGCGGGAAGGCUGGAUUCUCUGUCCCAUUUCUCACGCACUUCGCUUCUCGGAGCUCUCAGAAAAAACCUGAGUGAGCUGGAUGAAUUUCAGAGGUACUUCAGCCAAAAGCUGAGCAGGCCUUUCCCUGACUUGAGUGCUCCAAACAGAAAUGUGGAAGAACUCAGUGCCAGGCACCAAAGUCUUGCUUGCAGGGCGGGAGAUCAUGAAGGGCGGCAUCUGUUGGAGAAGUCCAACAAUUUGGUUUCUCAAGUCGGCAUCCUCAUCAAUGACUUGCAGAACAAUAUAAUGAAAAAUGCAGUACAAUCUUCAGUUGUUCAUGAAGCUGGCAGUGGAUGUUUGAGUGCCAAUGUUGCCCUUCACUCUGUUCUGGACCAAAAAGACGCCAUUGCCGGGACAGAAACUUCCAAAGACUACCCAGGGAACGGGCCCUCCACUAGCUGUGCAAGCGAAGAGCCGUUAUACCCUCUUGGAAAGACUCCCUCUGGAAGAGGCAUGCUCUAUGAAUUCCUCCAUCAAGGCAGCUCUCAGAAUAGUUCUCUCUUAGCUGCACAAUAUCACCAGGGAGAGGAAAAUGCCACUCAGUCCCACAGUGAGGAGGAGUAUGAGGAGGAUGUCAUCGAACCAAGAACGCUGAAUGAAAUCACUACCAUGACAGACAAAACCAGUCCCUGGUCCAGCCUUCUCUCUGAACCAGAGCAGCAUCCUGACCGGGAAGCGGCAACCACGAGGAAUGGUGAACAACUUGCAGGGGAUUCUGAACAUUUAGUGAAAGAGGAGAGCGUCGGGAGCAGCUCCUUGUCCUGCGUAACCCCGGAGGACCCUCGGAGCUUGCCCAACACUGCUAGAUCCAGUAACAGUCCCUGGAGAGAAGGCGGGAGUGACAAAGAUGCGGGAAGACAGCUCCUUGAAGGUGGUACCGAAGAACUAUUUCAACCAACGCCUGAUUCAGCUAUCCAUCAAGUGAAUGGCAGACCCACAGAAGAACAAAGGACAGAUCAAAAAAGAGCACCAGAAAGCCAGGAAAAAGGUAGUGGGGAACCGCUGACUUUAUCAGGUGGCGGAGACUUUGUCGUGGCCAGAACCACUGCUCCAGAGACAGAAGAGCAAAGUGAGGGUUUGCAUGAUCAGGAAGGAAUUAAUCUGAAUGAAGAGGGACACCAGCAUGGUUCCAGUUUAUCGGAAAGUCCACAUCACAUUGGAAGCUGCUCUGAUGAAAGUCACGAAGACCCACCAGGAAAAUCUCUGAAGCCCAUGGUGGCGCUAUCCGACCCAAUUGUGGUCCCCAACUUCUUCCUUCCGCCGCAGCAUCUGGAAGCCUCCAUGAGGCUGCUCAGCGUCUCUCCUUCUCCAUUGGCUGCUGCCAGCAAAACUGGAAGUGAUGCUUCUGCUGGGGGGAUCCCAUACCGAAGGCCCCAUCGUCACAAACCGAGCUUGACGCCAGCAGAGCUGCCCGAAGAGGAAACGAAACGGAUUGCUCGAAUAUUUUCUGCACAGUUCUCUAAAAAGGAAUAGCAAAGGGACUGGGCAGAGAGAAGCAGCAGACCCCAGCCAAAUGUGGAAACAUUCGGCAAGGAGAACAGCUGGGUCUUGCUGUCAGCGCUGCCUCGUAGGCAGGAAGGGGGAGUCUUCCUCUCCAGCAGCCCCAGAGUAGACACAACUCUCAUGGACUGAGGGAAGGAGACACCCCUCCCUCUGAACCUCACAAGCAAGUUCUGUGCCUGCUAUAAAAGAGAGGGGAGUUGUUGGCUACUGUAGAUUGAGACGCAGCCCCGCCUCCUCCUGUUUAAUGGUGUCCGCCCCAUCUCUCUAGAGCAGGGGACCCCAGCCUUGGCCAUUGGGGCUGGGGGUGGCGGCAGUCAUAGUCCAACAACAGCUGGGGACCCACAGUUGGGACCCCCUGCUCUAGCAGAAGCCAGGUUAUUUGAUGGUGGGUAAGGGCAGUGGCAGCAACACAGAGACCCCUCCCAAGCUCCGAACUGGGUUGGGUCUGCCGUGGUUUCGCCCCUUCUUGCAGGCAGCUCCUCCUCGUGAGCUGGGUCUGCCAGGGCAUCGCUCAGCUGCGCUCCAUGAUGAGACCGCAAGGGAGAAAGCUGUGCUGCAGUAGCCGUCACCCCAACUUCCCAAGGAUUGCGGCUGGUGUCUUCGCAUUAGGCCAGGAAGGAGCAGCGCUGCAGCAGUGCCACAUGAGCACCAGGCCCUCCUGCUGAAGCCACACACACCCCCGUCUCCCACACAGCCUGCCCCCCCUCCCCUCUUGCCCCAGGGCACCAGAUAGACAAAUUUGCCACUUUAUUCCAAACAAGAAUACCUCUCUGCUCCCCGCUCUUCUCACAUCUAAUCUACAAAGAUUUUUUUUCAUACCAAACAGUAGAAAAUACCCAUUCGUAUAUGAAUUCUUGUUCCCGCAGAAGGACAGGAACUCUCAGACAAAGUGUGGGAGACUGUAAUUGGGUGUUCUGCUUCCUCGUCCUUUUGUAACAAGGCUCCAGCCCGGAUAUUUUGCACUCGUUCCUUCUCACAAAACCACAAUGGCCAUAUGUCCAGUGCCUGUCUAAUAAGUAUCUGGGUGCCCUUGAUAAGGUACGAAAUGGCCCUGGCCACAGAUGGAAGCCAGGCAGAAGCCCCGCAACUGACCCCCCUGCUGGGGGCUGCCUGCUUCUCUCCCAUGUUGCAGAAUGCUCUGUGAACGUGGAGAUUUCCUCCGCCUUGAACAGGAAGGGGCAUUGUCUGCUUGGGCUGAACCAUUUGCACUCCAGAGUUCCUUGGAGCUCCUCUAGAGACACCACUGGAUCUUAACUGUGAACAUCGUGGGACAACAACAUUCUGCUUUCUGUUCAAUGGAUGAAAUUUUGCUGAUAUACAUUAUUAUCAUUUUGUUUGUGUCUAUAAUACUCUAAAUCUUGCUUUUUUUUAAGCACUUCAGGUCUUGUCAAGUAACAGUCCCAAAAGGAAACCAUGCUAAUUUAUUUGUAAAGGGUUUUUUUAACAAAGUAUUGUAAUUCUUUUUUACAAUAAAAUGGCAUUUAUAUUUUUAUGA